CUCCCGUUCGUCUCCAUAGAGAAGCGGUUCACCCUAACGCAACUAGCAUUACGCAUGACAUGGAUGCCGCAGGAGCGAGUUUAUUCUCGGAGUCUUUGCGGAUUGUGAACUCUGCUCCUCUCGCAGUUUUCUCACACAGUCGACAUCUGAUGUGCGUGUCGGAUCUCCCCAAAGGACGUGUGUUAAACAGUUUGCUGUUUCAGGAGAUCACGUCUGCAGCCCCCGUGUCUUAUGUGGGCUGCACUCGAUAGUGACCCGGAGCUUUACGCGCAGCCGAUCCCCAUGCUUUAGCAACACAGCUCAGCGCACUCAAUCUUAGAUGUUUCGAAAAAGAACAGGGUGAAAUAACAAAGAUGAUACAAACGGACAUUUUGCAGACAGAAUGGAUUUAACCCAGCUAAGCCUCUUGUUGGGAAAUGUUUCCAACGUUGAAAACACCACCGACGCACCGUUCGCUCUGCCACACACAGAGGCAGCCACCGCACUCAUCAUCCUCGUGGUUACAGUGAUCAUUUCGGUCACAAUUGUUGGUAAUGUGUUGGUGAUUGUAGCGGUUCUUACUAGCAGGGCUCUCCGUGCCCCUCAGAACCUUUUCCUGGUCUCUCUUGCAUCGGCGGACAUCCUGGUGGCCACACUAGUGAUCCCCUUCUCCCUCGUCAACGAGGUAAUGGGCUACUGGUACUUUGGAAGUACUUGGUGCGCCUUCUAUCUCGCUCUGGAUGUGUUGUUCUGCACCUCAUCCAUCGUUCACCUGUGCGCCAUCAGCCUGGACCGAUACUGGUCAGUAACAAAGGCGGUUAGCUACAACCUGAAACGGACACCUAAGCGCAUCAAGUCCAUGAUUGCUGUAGUGUGGAUAAUAUCUGCUAUCAUCUCCUUCCCUCCUCUCCUCAUGACCAAACACGAUGAACGGGAGUGUCUGCUAAAUGAUGAAACCUGGUACAUCCUCUCAUCCUGCCUGGUCUCCUUUUUCGCUCCCGGUCUCAUUAUGAUUCUGGUAUAUUGUAAAAUUUAUAAAGUUGCCAAGCAGCGCUCCUCCACCGUGUUCGUGGCUAAGAAUGGCCUGGAGAGGCAGCCCUCUCAGUCAGAGACCUGUUUUGUCAGGAAGGACCGGUUCGAAAUGGAGAGCCCUAGCAGUCAAAGCUCCGGCAGCCAUCCGCAAAAGCAAGGGGAGCUGGACGACAUCGACCUGGAGGAGAGCUGCUGUGCAUCGGAUACGAAACCCCGACACCAUCGCUUCACCAAGCGAAGGAAAGUAGAGGGAUCGGACAGUUGUCCACCCCAGAACUGCCGACUUUCCUGGGCUUCAGCCCGGGCGUUACAACUUUACCCGGAGCAGAAGAACCCAGCUGGGCGACAACAGCUGGCCGCAGCCAACAAGACCAAAGUGGCCCAGAUGCGGGAGAAGCGCUUCACCUUCGUCUUGGCGGUAGUGAUGGGGGUGUUUGUGCUCUGCUGGUUCCCCUUCUUCUUUACUUACAGCCUGCAUGCUAUCUGCAGAGAGAGCUGCUACAUCCCCGCCGCACUUUUCAACCUUUUCUUUUGGAUUGGCUACUGCAACAGUUCUGUGAACCCCAUAAUCUACACCAUUUUCAACAGGGAUUUCAGAAAAGCUUUUAAGAAAAUCAUAUGCAGGACAUCAAAACGCACAUGAAAGGUUGAAAAAUAAUUUUCUGGCUCUCAGAAACAUUGGGAAGAAAUCAUAGUAUUAUAACUUAUUGAUCUUGGCUGACUAUUCUGCUACUCCAUCAUUUAAAUGUAAUGUUUAGCAUAUUAAAAAUAUCCAGUGUUGUGUACACAUUAAAUUGUCUAUAAUUGAAAUAAAUCAUUAUAUAUACUUGA